UCUGCCAGUCUGAGGAUGGAGCCGCGGGCGCCGUGGGUGGAGCAGGAGGGGCGGGAGUUUUCGGACCAGGAGACCGGGAACCUCAGGGACCCUGCACAGACUUUCCGAGUGAACCUGAACACCCUGCGGGGCUACUACAACCAGAGCGACGCCGGGUCUCACACCAUCCAGAGCAUGUACAGUUGUGAAUUGGGGCCCGACGGGCAUCUCCUCCGCGGGUACAGUCAGGACUCCUACGACGGCGCGGAUUACAUCGCCCUGAACGAGGACCUGCGCUCCUGGACCGCAGCGGACAGGGCGGCACAGGUCACCCGCCGCAAGUGGGAGGCAGCCUGUGAGGCAGAUCAUGAAAGGAACUACCUGGAGGGCAGGUGCGUGGAGUGGAUCCGCAGGUACCUGGAGAUGGGGAAGGAGACGCUGCUGCGCGCAAAACCCCCCAACACACACGUGACCUGCCAUCCCAUCUCUGACCAUUAUGUCACCUUGAGGUGCUGGACUCUAGGCUUCUACCCUGCAGAGAUCACCCUGACCUGGCAGCGUGAGGGGGAGGACCUGACCCAGGACACAGAACUUGUGGAGACCAGGCCUGCAGGAGAUGGAGCCUUCCAGAAGUGGGCAGCUGUGGUGGUGCCUUCUGGAGCAGAGCAGAGAUACACAUGCCAUGUGCAGCAUGAGGGGCUGCCCGAACCCAACAUCUUGAGAUGGGGUAAGGAGGGUUUGGGGUAG